GUUCAGACUCCUUUGAAGGAGGAUGAGAAGCGUUUCCAUUUGCAGCCCGUAAUUUGGUACGCAGAGACUUUCUCGAUACAACAGCGGUGAAAGCACUWUCAAAACGAAGAGGGAGAGAGGAAGAAAUCAAAUUAUAGCUGUGAAAACAAACCUGCAUGCCAUGAGGUCCAGCCACUUCUUUAGGCCAUGCUGGGCUAAACUAUGCAGCGACUACCGCCAGCGACUGCACGGCCUUGACUAGAAAUGCAGUCAGCCCAGCCGUAGCAAUAAGGGUGGGGAUUGACCCCAGCUUUGUUGGAAAGAGCGACGGAACCGCUUUCUUCCAGUCCUCGUAGGCUGYUUGGCCACCGUAUUUGUCGCCCUGUUUCGUCUCUAGGCGGCCCGUGGCACCGGUCAUGAUCGAGUAUAUGGCUCCAAAACCCAGAAGCGAUGUGAUCCAUGCAAUUGCGUUGGUGCCUAGCCCAGGAGAGCCGCCCACCAGAAUGCCCAACCAAAACACAAUUUCUCCAAARUAGUUGGGGUGGCGGGAGAGCCCAAACCAGCCAGUAGUGGGMCCCGAAAAGUCCUUCGCUCCGUCUCUCCCCUUCUUUGCGUGAAACUUUUGUUGAUCCGCGAUGCCUUCGAUGACAGCACCAGUCCAGGCCAUGCAGGCCCCCGCAGCCGCGACUGGGUGGAGAUGACCACUGACAUUGGCAGAACGGCACAAAAAGAGGGCGGGGCUGGCCAUAAAUGCGUACACGAGGCUCACCGCUGCCGCAAAGGGGAUCCGYUUUGGGAGCGAAGUUUUGUCGAACGACUUGAUCUGCUCUCUCUUGGAGGGAACCGUAACCUCCCGKGCCAACAAAAAGAACCCGAGUCGGAGCCCAUAUACAAUAAGCGCCGACACCAGGAGCAGCGGCGAUGAGUUGCCCCCGCGACUCACCGCAAACAGGRUAUCACGAAACACUGCCAACAGCGCAAGCCCCAUGGCMGCGACGCUAAGGCCGUAUCCCACCGAGAAGGAGUAGGCCUGCCGGUAGAGCGUCAGUGGGGUCACGGCGCAAGAAGCCACCACUGUUAGCGCUAGAACGGCGCCAAUGGUGGAGCCGCUCCUUAGGGACGACGCCAAGGCGGAGGUAACUGCUACUGGAGCUGCGAUGGCCCCCCCACGGAGGGUUCCAAUCAGUCCGCUCGUGCCCAUAUGGAGUUUUGUCUUACUGGAACUGCCGCUUUCGCACCUCGGUGGUUGUCGAUGGCAACGAUGGCUGCAGGUGGGGACCACAAUACGGAGCGAUGGAAGCUGCGAACGAAGGGCGAAAAUCUCCGAUGACCUGGCGAUAGGAUGGAACGAUUGCAAUCCUAGGACAGCGGCAGAAUGAAAUGGCCCAAGCAAAAGCAACAGGAGCAAGCCACUAGAUUUUGUUCCAGAACGUUGUAUCAUUCUCCGGUGGGGUAAACUUCGCAAGGAGACGAGAAGUGAUGUGUUCUACUAUUGAAGUGAAACAAGAGAUAUUAUGUGAGGUAACGUACCAGUAGAGUACUGAUCGCUUCCAAUAGAURAUACCGCGAUCUACGUUUGGAUGGGGCUGGGUUGAUUUUGUUGUGUUUUGUUGUGUUGUGUUGAUUGAGACCCAUCGUGUCAAAACCAGGUGUCAGCCAAACACUGACAUGCGGUACGAAAAGGUAUCUUUGUAAAACAUCGGGGGCUGCCAAAAAGUUCUUAGUCGGUUACGUGUUUUUUGAACUGCUGUUUCUGGUUUCUGAGACGCAGUAAUUCAACUUCAUCCGAAGUAUUUUUACGUACACUUCUUGUAUGGAAGUUCAAAAACAAAAUUAAAUUUGCUCKAUCAAAAAUUUUGCAAAUUGAGUAAAUAAUACGAAGCUCCGUGGUUGCAGGAUCAAGGAGAGGUAUUUUGUAUUUUUCAUGUUUGGUCUGGCGCAUGUUUUGAUCAGGUUAUGUAAGUUCUCCRAAGCUAUCCUGUACAAUAUCAUACGGUACAUGUGACUAGGUGACCUGUCACUGUCACCUGUCCUUUCUAUUGUAUUUGUACGUACUAUUCGUACGUACUAUCCUAACACUCUAUCUAAUAGUAACUGUCAAGACUCACGACCUAGCAGUACACUACGUACGAGCACGUACGAGCACGUACUCUACUUCCGAGUAGGUACCAGGUACCCGUACGAUCAGAUAUCAGAUACCCACCAUCACAUUUUUGUUUCURAUGUGAGAUCGAUUUCUUUUUGAGCGAUCUAUUUUGACUUACCUGCAUCAGCGAAUUACAAACGGUAAUACCUUGAUGGUGAACACAAUCUGUUCAAAAAUUGUAAGGUUGAAGAUUUCCAUACCAUCAAUCGGGACACUGGAUCAGGAGGAUGUCUCAGCAAGUUUAGAAUACUCAAGAGACUUGAUUUCCAUUGCACUGGGAUUGCCAUUCGUUGGAACUGAAGAUUUCCAUACCAUCAAUCGGGACACUGGAUCAGGAGGAUGUCUCAGCAAGUUUAGAAUACUCAAGAGACUUGAUUUCCAUUGCACUGGGAUUGCCAUUCGUUGGAACUUGAACAGGGCGGGGCGACCAAUUCAAUAUUUAUCACAAUCGGGCUGAGAAAGCUGUUGGUAGAAAAAAGUGGUUUCCKCUAAACCUUAUUUUGACUCRUACAAAGAAUUUUAGAUUUAGAUCCGAGGGGAUUUUGUUCGCUUAGACCAGACCAAUUUUUGUUACAGCUGAACGGAAGCUCUACAUCCUUGGUUUUUUUGCAAACUGCAUUCGCGAAAGAAAGAAAUGCUCUAAUUGAAUUCAGGUCCCGGUUGCAUUGCAUUGGUUUGCGAUUCGGUUGAAAAAACUAGAACUGAGUUUAAUUGAUGAAUAGUACUUCGGUGAAAUCGUUCCAACUGAUUGAUUGCACUAUCAUCGAUAGAUGUCGUCCUUGCUGAAUAGCUAGCUAGUAUAUACGCAGAAAAUCCAAGAAUAGCCGGCUACGGCAAUUWAAUCGAAGGCAACGACGAUGGAUAGGAUCUGAAGCGUCGCUACUACCUACAAGUUUUUGGUUUGUUCAAGCUGGUUCGGAGGAAAACGACUUCGUAUUUCGUUGCAAGGAUAAGGAAAGAAUCCGUUAMUCAACCCAUAAUCUUUGCCGUUAGGGCACACCUUCUAUAAUGAUUUUAKAAUAGAAAGAGGUUUAGUUC